AUGAAACCAUCCUUACCACUGCGACGCAUUUGUCGCCGGACAAACAUCACAAUCCGCCCGCCAACUUCGCCAGCACUCGUUGCACGCAUUUCGCAUCAGCAACGAAUACCGGCUGCAAGCCCUCGCUCAACAUCACUCACAACCACACCUCGCCGACACUUCAACCUCUCGUCGCUUUCCUCCCUCUUUCCCCCAAGCAACGGCAACGGCAAUGACAACAACAAAAGCCGCGUUUUAACCGCCACCCGGACCCUCCCCUACCACCCCAGCGCGCUCUUCAAAGUCAUCUCCUCCGUCGAAUCCUACUCGCAAUUCCUCCCCUUCCUCACGGCCUCAACCGUCACCCAUCGCGAUCCGGAAACGGGGUACCCGACGCGCGCCUUCCUGACAGUUGGCUACGGGCCUCUCAGCGAAACCUUCACGUCGCGCGUGGACUGCAAUCGGGACAAGUGGACUGUCGAGGCGCGCAGCGGGGCCAAGUUCGGGGUGGACUCGAAGGAUGGGCAGGAAGGGGGGAUCUUUCCCGGCGCGAACGAGGGGAUUUUUGAGUAUCUGAGUACGAAGUGGGAGUUGGUGCCGGUCCCCGGUCGAAGUGUGCAGACGCGGGUGCAGUUGGAGAUUCAGUUUGAGUUUCGGAAUCAGUUCCAUGCGGCGAUGAUGAGCGCUGUUGAGGGGCAGAUGGCGAGUGUUAUGAUUGAGGCAUUUGAGAAGAGGAUUAGGGAGGUGGAGGGGAGGUAA